AUGUUUCUAAAAUUUCAUAGGGUUUUGGAUAUGGAAGAAUUAAGAGUAAAGCUAAAAUGUAAGAACAAUCAUAUACUAAUUGGUGGAGCAAAUGAUGAAUUGGUCAUGAACCAUACUACUAAGAUGAGAGAGGCAGUCACUCAAAAACUUGUUGACAGAUGUAUUUUGGAAGAAAUUGGAAAUUUCUUAAAAGACAUUUUGGAACCUUCUACAGAAAUAACUUGUACACCUGAUGUUGAAAAUAGAGAUUUAAAAAAACCUGUGUUCUCAAAAAAUAAGCCCAAUAGCAAACCUUUAGCACACCUCAACAAAGGAAACCAAAAACGUAUGGUUCCUGCCAAUAAACAAACUACACAGAAACAAACGGCAAAUCGCAAGACUAUCAAAACACCAAGUUUUUCUAUGGCAUCUAAAGUAAUUGUAAAAGAUAAACAACUUAUGCCUCCUCCUUCAUGUUCUCUUAAACAAAAAUACAAAAAUCUUCAGUGUGAAAAUGCCAACUCGACCAUAAAUAGUAUUCGUAAGUUAUUUUAGAAAAAAUAACAUUAUCCACAAAUUUUACUUUUAUAACUUUCCACGAGGACGUGUGCAAAUAUUGUUAUCCCUGGGCUCAUGGGGAAUAUAGGGUAUUCAAUACCU